GACGCAUGCGCACACAGCACCGGCGUGACACGCGUGUGCUGGUGAAGGAGGAAGUGUCCGGUGCGGUAUCACACCGGGGAGAGGGAAAAACGGAGCGGACAGUGAGAAUUAUCAGAACCUGAAAUAUGUCGUGGCUCUUCGGCCUGAAUAAAGGACAAGGCGGCGGCGCGAGCCCAGAUGUUCCGUUACCGCCUCCUCCUCCUCCUCCGGGCGCGGGCUCAGGGGGAACCGGCGGAGACAAACCCAAGGACAAAUGGAGCAACUUCGACCCCACCGGGCUGGAGAGAGCCGCACAGGCCGCCAAGGAGCUCGAUCGGUCCCGCCAUGCCAAGGAGGCGCUGGAUCUGUCGCGAAUGCAGGAGCAGACACAGCAGAUGGAAUAUCAGAGCAAGAUGAAGGAGUACGAGGCAGCAGUGGAGCAGCUGAAGGGGGAUCAGAUCCGUAUCCAGGCAGAGGAGAGGAGGAAGACUCUGAGUGAAGAAACCAAACAGAAUCAAGCGAGAGCUCAGUACCAGGACAAACUGGCUCGACAGCGAUAUGAGGAUCAGCUCCGACAGCAGCAAGCUAUAAAUGAGGAAAACCUGCGCAGACAGGAGGAGUCUGUACAGAAACAAGAGGCCAUGAGGAAAGCCACCAUUGAGCACGAGAUGGAGUUGAGGCAUAAGAACGAGAUGCUGCGGAUCGAGGCGGAGGCUAAAGCUCGCGGCCGGGUGGAGAGAGAGAACGCCGACAUCAUCAGAGAACAGAUCCGCCUUAAAGCUGCUGAACACAGGCAGACUGUACUGGAGAGCAUAAGAACUGCUGGUGCUGUGUUUGGGGAGGGUUUCAGGGCUUUCAUCUCAGACUGGGACAAAGUGACUGCUACAGUGGCAGGACUGACUCUGCUGGCUGUGGGCGUUUACUCAGCGAGGAACGCUACAGGAGUGGCGGGGAGAUACAUCGAGGCUCGACUCGGGAAGCCUUCUCUGGUGAGAGAGACGUCGCGCAUCACCGUGAUGGAGGCCAUGAAACACCCGGUCAAGACCAGCAGGAGGUUGAUGAGUAAGCCUCAGGAUGCUCUGGAAGGAGUAGUUCUCAGUCCAACGCUAGAGGAACGUGUCCGUGAUAUUGCCAUCGCGACCCGGAAUACCCGCCAGAACCGAGGGCUCUACAGGAACAUCCUGAUGUACGGACCUCCCGGGACAGGGAAAACACUGUUUGCCAAGAAACUGGCAAUGCAUUCUGGGAUGGACUACGCCAUCAUGACCGGAGGAGAUGUGGCCCCCAUGGGGCGGGAAGGUGUAACUGCCAUGCACAAAGUGUUUGAUUGGGCCAGCACCAGCCGUCGAGGCCUGCUGCUGUUCGUGGACGAAGCCGACGCUUUCCUGCGCAAGAGAUCCACUGAGAAGAUCAGUGAAGACCUGCGAGCCACGCUGAACGCCUUCCUGUACCGAACCGGAGAGCAGAGCAACAAGUUUAUGCUGGUUUUGGCCAGUAACCAGCCCGAGCAGUUCGAUUGGGCCAUUAAUGACCGUAUUGAUGAGAUUGUAAACUUCGCUCUUCCUGGCCUUGAGGAGAGAGAGAGACUGGUCAGGCUUUACUUUGACCGAUACGUCCUGGAGCCGGCCACCGGGGGGAGACAGCGGCUGAAGCUGGCGCAGUUCGACUACGGAGUGAAGUGUUCGGAGAUCGCCAAGCGCACAGAGGGCAUGUCGGGUCGAGAGAUUUCCAAACUGGGUGUGGCCUGGCAGGCUGCUGCGUACUCCUCUGAGGACGGUGUUCUGACCGAGGCCAUGAUCGAUGCCCGUGUGGACGACGCUGUCCGGCAGCACAUGCAGAAGAUGGACUGGCUGCACGGGGACGGCGCUCUGGAUAACGAGGGCCGCGUUGCUUCCGCAGAUCACCGGGGGGGCAAAGAUGCCAAAAUGGGCUUCAUCCUGCCUCCAGGUUCAGCCCCACAGGCACAAGAUGUUCUGUGUCCCUUAAAGGGGGCUCUGGACUCUACCAUUCCAGCAGCAGAGGAGGGGGGUAGUAGUGCUGCAGAAAAAGGGACUGUUCCAUUGGAAGGGGAGGGGGGGCUUAGACACACAGAACAGAAAGACGUCCCGACUAAAGACGGCACACCGGUAUAAGUUUCAUCAAGAGCUGAUCCUGGGUCAGAUGUACUGAGCGUUGUGAAAGCUAGAUCCCCUGCUGAGGCCGGGCAGCAUUUCUGUUUAGUUAGGAGACAAAGCUCAGUGUAUCUGUGCGGAUAUCCGUUACACGAAAACAUCUGUGUUACCCUGUGUGUGUGUGUGUGUGUGUGUGUCCACAAUGGCUCCCUGUGUGAAGUGUACAACACUGUCGGAGAGAAACCGAUCCUCCAGAUCUCAUGUUCUGCGUCCCAAAUCCCAGCUCACAGAGUACAGGAACACACAGCAGAGAAGCUUUUUACACUUCAGACGUAAAAAAAAUAGGGAGUCAUUGUGGACGGUGUGUGUGUGUGUGUGUGUGUGUGUGUGUCAGGGUGAUUAAUGAGGAACAGAUAACGGAAUUAAAGUAUGAAUGGAAAAAAAUCACGUCAUAAUGUUCUAAUUAAUGUCUGAUGUGUUGAAUGUGUAACGAGCCUGUGUAAAAUGUUUCCAUGUGAGUUGUGUUAAAUAACACUGAAGCCUGGAAGGAAGAUGUGUCUAACAUUGGAUAAUGUUUUACAACUGAUAAGAUAAAGUAAUCCAGAUUUCAUA